UUGCGGACUUACUCUAUUUUAAGAAUUCUCCCGGCAGGAUCGUAUUUCACUAGAAAUUUAAGGACUUAACUCUGGAAUUUGAGUUUGAGUCCAAGGCCUUUCCUUGUGGGUCUGUGAAUAUGAAGUAACAAAAUGAGAGAUACAUCUUAGAGGCUUCCUUAAAAUGCCUGCAAAUCGAAGCUAACAAUGGUUGAAGUUAGUACUGAGCGAGUGGGAUAAUCUCUAGGAACACACACACACACACACAAAUUUAUACUGAUUACACAAAUAUGAUGACCAAGAGCUAACUCGCCUGAGUAAUACUUAAAGAGAAAAAUUUGAGAAUGCUUGGGGAACGUUUUCCUCUUCAGGGCAGUUCAAUAUUAAUGAAAAUGUGUUACCAGUCCUUUGGAGACAGCAGCAAGAAGGUCUACUUCAGAAGUAAAGGAAGCACCUGGUUGCACCUCUCCAUUUUUCGGUGACAGAAUGAGAGGUGCAAUCUGGUAUUGCAGGGCACACGUGAAGCACAGUUCUCCAGGAAAGACCGUUAAUGGUGCUGCUUUCUAGGGUUCUUGUCAGUGGUGGGAGGGGUGACCUGCGGUCCAGCGGUGUUCUUGGAGGUUAGGUGAGUUCUCGCGGGUGAGGAGCAGUUCUCCCGGGUCAGGUGCAGGCCUGUUCGAAUGCUGCCGCCGCCAUCUUGGGUUGCAGGGCCUGUGCAGGCUUCUGCUCACCACAGGCGGAAUUGGGGCUCAGCAUAGCGGUUCUGCACCGGGAGCUGCAAUGUGCAAGGCCUCUGCAGAGUGUCCUAUACAGAUCUAUUUUGACAAAGCUUAGAAUACCCCGUAUAAAACAGUAUCCCUGUGGCAGGAGUACUCAGUUUCUCUGAACCAGUUAAAUCUUGUCUACCUAACUCCUUGUGGGACUGAGAAGGAUUUACCAGGCAUCUGCCAUUUUAGAGGAGAGCAGAAAGAGAUGAAGUCCCAGGGAUUAGUAUCUUUCAAGGAUGUAGCUGUGGAUUUCACCCAGGAGGAGUGGCAGCAACUAGACCCUGCUCAGAAGACCCUGUACAGGGAUGUGAUGCUGGAGAACUAUAGCCACCUGGUCUCAAUGGGGCAUCCAGUUUCCAAACCAGAUGUCAUUUCCAAGUUGGAGCAAGGAGAAGAUCCAUGGAUCAUUAAAAGAGACAUACCAAAUUGGAUCUGUCCAUAUGAAGUUCAGACAGAUGGGCGACUAGACAGGAAGAGUAACCUUGACAACCCCCAAUCAUGUAUUUUGGGGUCUGUUUCCUUCCAUAAUAAGAUAUUGAAAGGAAUCACAAAGGAUGGUUCAUUAUACUCCAUUUUAAAAGUCUGUCAAAGUGAUGGCCAGUUACAGAGAUGUCAGAAAAACAGACUUUCCACGAAAGUAACAGUCGUCAACAACAAAACAAUGAUUGUAGAGUCAGACUACAAAUAUAAUGCACUGAGGAAAAUAUUUCAAGAGUGCAUAGAGUCAGAUGCUUCAAGACAAAGACCCUAUAACUAUGAUGCCUUUAAAAAGAAUUUGAAAUCUAAUAUUGACCUACCUAGUUGUAAUAAGAACAAUUCAAGAAGAAACCUUGAUGAGAGUUUUGGAUGUGGAAAAUCAUUCAUCCACAGUGUGGCCAAUUCUAACCUUGAGAAGAUUCACAAUGGAGUAAUUCCCUGUAAUGAUAUUGAGCAUGGAAACGUUUUCAGCAAGAAACAAUCCAUUAUUCAUUAUCAGAAUGUUGAAACCAAGGAGAAAACCUGUGUGUGUGUUACAUGUGGAAAAGCCUUUGCUAAGAAGUCACAGCUCAUUGUACAUCAACGGAUUCAUACUGGGAAAAAACCAUAUGAUUGUGGUGCAUGUGGGAAAGCCUUCAGUGAGAAGUUUCACCUCAUUGUACAUCAGAGAACUCAUACUGGGGAGAAACCUUAUGAAUGUUCUGAAUGUGGAAAAGCCUUCUCUCAAAAAUCAUCUCUUAUUAUACAUCAGAGAGUUCAUACUGGAGAAAAACCAUAUGAAUGUAGUGAAUGUGGAAAAGCCUUUUCCCAGAAAUCACCCCUCAUUAUACAUCAGAGAAUUCACACUGGAGAGAAACCUUAUGAAUGUAGAGAGUGUGGUAAGGCCUUCUCCCAGAAGUCACAACUGAUUAUACAUCAUAGAGCUCAUACUGGAGAGAAGCCCUAUGAGUGUACUGAAUGCGGGAAAGCCUUCUGUGAGAAGUCCCAUCUCAUUAUACAUAAAAGAAUUCAUACCGGGGAGAAACCCUACAAAUGUGCUCAGUGUGAGGAAGCCUUCAGCAGAAAGACAGAACUCAUUACACACCAGUUAAUUCAUACUGGGGAGAAACCUUAUGAAUGUACUGCUUGUGGGAAGACCUUCUCCCGAAAGUCACAGCUCAUUAUACAUCAGAGAACGCAUACUGGAGAAAAACCCUAUAAAUGCAAUGAAUGUGGAAAAGCCUUCUGUCAGAAAUCACAUCUUAUUGGACAUCAGAGGAUACACACAGGAGAAAAACCUUAUGUUUGUACUGAAUGUGGGAAAGCCUUCUCUCAAAAGUCUCACCUCCCAGGUCAUCAGAGGAUUCAUACAGGAGAGAAACCAUACAUAUGUGCUGAAUGUGGAAAGGCGUUUUCUCAGAAGUCAGAUCUUGUUUUACAUCGGAGAAUUCACACUGGGGAAAGACCCUAUCGGUGUGCUGUAUGUGGGAAAGCUUUCAUCCAGAAAUCACAACUCACUGUACAUCAGAGAAUUCAUAGCAGUGGUAAAAAUCAUAGUGAACUAAAAACACAGACAAGCUUUCAGUAUUAGCUCAAUGCUUAAUACAUAACAGGAACUUGAUUAAUUUGAUAACUUUGUUGACAGCAUCUUUAUAGAGAAAAUUUUACAAGAGAAUACAUAUCUGUAGUGUGGUGAUACCUAACUCAGCAGACAUGAUGGAAAAUUAUUACAUUAAUGAAGGCCAUUUUCACCAUAGCAUGUAGAGCUUUUAAAGUUAUGAAUUGAAUGGUUAGUAGAACAAAUUAUGUAUAUAGAAUGUUGUCAAAGUACAUAUUCCUUAUUAUGCCCCAUAACAAUAAACAUUGUGAAAUUGCUAA